AUGACGAUAGAGGAUUGUCAGAUUUUGAGUGGAAAUCUGAGGAAUUUCUUAGUGCAACAGAUAGUGAUGAAGAGGUUAAUGACAGUGAAGGUUAUGGGAGAAAAGCAAGAUAUUUUAGAUGCUCUAAAAUGGUAUGCCUUGGAAAAUGGGAGGAAUAUAAAGUUUGUAAAAAAUGACAACAGAAGAUUGAGGAUGAAGUGCUUUGGUGCAAAAGGAGAAUGCCCAUGGACCAUAUACUUUGGUUAUAUGGAGGCUGUAAAAUCAUGGCAGCUGAGAACUAAAAAAGACAUUCAUACAUGCAGCAGGGAGUUCAACCUGAAGUUAGUUGACGCCAAGUGGUUGAGCAAAAAGUUGGUGAAAACAGUUCAGGAAAAUCCUAAGAUGAAGGGUGUUGAUAUUCGUGAAAAAGUUCAAAGGAAGUGGAAUAUAGGUAUAUCAAGGUCUAUGGCUUAUAGAGCCAAAGCUAUUGCUUCUAAUGAAAUUGAUGGGUCGUUUAAUGAACAAUAUAAGAGGAUAUAUGAUUAUGCGCAUGAGUUGUUGGAAAGAAAUCCAGGAUCUACAGUUAAGGUCCAUGUUGAGAAUAAUGAGGGUGAGUUAAUUUUCAAGAGAUUUUACUGUUGUCUGAAGGCAUGCAAAGACAGUUUUGUCUGCUGUAGGCCAAUAAUUGGAUUAGAUGGAGACUUUUUGAAAGGGAAGUAUGGUGGUGAGCUGUUGACGGCUGUUGGGAGGGAUGGAAAUGAUCAAAUGUUGCCCAUUGCAUAUGCGGUGGUAGAAGUCGAAAACAAAGAUUCAUGGAUGUGGUUUUUGAAACUUUUGAUUGAUGAUCUUGGUGGUGGAGAAGUAUGUUCUUCAAUUACUUUUGUCUCCGACCAACAAAAGGUAAUAAUCAUAUUUAAAUUGCUUCUUUCGUAUAUUGGUUCAUUAAUUUGA